AUGGCGUACAGAAUGCUGGACGCAAGUGGCACUCCUGGAGCGGCUUUUCUGUGGGGCAACAACUACUGGCUUGGGUCCAGAUCGCAGUGUGAAACCAUUCCACUUCGUGAACCACUGGUGCUUUCCAGAGAUCUACCGAAGCCGCCUCUCGCGUGGCCACCUUACCCAAUACAGUUCUCAGUCGCCUCGUUUAGGCAUAAUGCAACACUUCAAGUCCACGUCGGUUUGCCCAAUGAGGAUUUGAUAACAGUUGGACUGUGCCUGCCUGCCUCAUGUCCUGCAAAGGAGGUAGCUGAACUGCUGGAUGCAGCAUUCCUUUCAAAUCCUAUAUACAUCCAGAAGAUGUACAACAUGAGCUUCAGUCGAGUCCAGGUGGAAUCACUAAAGGAAGAUGACUCAUGGGUGUCAGAACAAACAUUUGUUACUGUUGAGGUACUGUUGACAUUUGUAGCGGUAGUCGUGAUUCUGGGUACAGCAUAUGAUGUCAUUAUUUGGCAGCCUCAUCUGAGAGAAAUAACAGCACAUGGCACGUCCCAGAAAACAAAAGUCCACAGUGUUAAAGAGAACAUGGAGGUAGCCAUCACCAACCCUAAAAUACGCGAAAACAAUAAUGAUAAUAGUUACAGCAACAACUACAGUGAGAAAACUGAUUGUUACACAAGCAAAUCAACAUCUUCCACAAGAGAGAAAAUUGUGCAGGGGCUUGGGCCGCUGAAUAGCAUCUUAGUAUGUUUCUCCAUAUAUUCCAAUGUACCCAUAAUACUCGACACCCAACUUGGUAGUGACUCUGUCCCAGCAAUACAUGGCCUGCGAUUCAUGGGUAUGGGUUGGAUCAUCAUGGUGCACACUGUUUUCUAUCUCAGUGAUUAUGCUGAUAAUAAACCACAAGCUUUUUACUUGUCAGAAGGUUUCAUGGUGCAGGUGGUCAGUAAUUCUACUCUUUCAGUAGACACAUUUUUCUUCCUCAGUGGGUUCCUAGUUUCAUAUCUGUAUUAUCAAGGGAAACAAGGAAAGAAACCCUCACAAGAGACAUGUGGAAGCAAAAUUGUGGAGUUUAUCACCAUGGUUCUACGAAGAAUUAUUAGGUUGACACCAGCAUAUAUGGCAGUGAUUGGAAUUGCCAUACUUAAUAUGAAAUGGCACAGCCAGAAAACUUUGUUCCAUAUGACAGAGAGAGCAGAUGUUAUUUGUCCGAAGUACUGGUGGCGGAAUUUGCUUUACAUCAAUAAUCUGUUUGACAGGGAAGAAAUGUGUUUGUCCUGGAGUUGGUACUUAUCCAAUGAUAUGCAAUUUUUUAUAAUUGCAAGUUUCCUUCUCAUUCUCUCUAGCAGCUACUUCUUGCUGAGUGCUAUUAUUCUGGGAUCACUAAUUGUUGCUUCAUCAGCAGUAACUUUCUACUCAUCAUAUAUCAACAGCUACAUUCCUAUGUUAGAUCAACAAUUUGCAAUGCUUAGUACCUUGUACGAUCCACCUUGGACACGCAUUGGACCACAACUAGUUGGAGUAGCUACUGGCUACAUUGUUAUUUAUUUGAAAGGGAAACUCAUACUGAAGAAGAGAACACUGCUAAUGGCAUGGCUUCUAGGAUCCACUUUCAAUGUGAUCACAUUAUUUGGUCUCUACAAUCGUAAUAUCCCGGUUAUUGCAGCAGCGCUUUAUGUGGCUCUAAGUAGAACUGCAUGGGCACUGGGAAUCUCAUGGAUCAUAAUAGCAUGCUGCACAAACAAUGCUGGCAUCAUCAACUCUAUAUUAUCAUUUAGAGGAUGGAUACCACUCAGCCGUUUAACGUACUGUGUUUACCUCCUGAACCCACUGCUAAUGAAUUCCAUGUACCUAGACAGCGAAACUGCCAUGCAUGUAGAGUUUUUACCGCUGGCUGCUUACUUCUUUGGCCAUGUAGGUGUGUCUUUCUUUUGUGCAUUUGUUUUGUCCCUGACUUUUGAGACUCCAAACGUUCUGUUAAUGAGGUGGCUCUUGGGAUGCAGAAGUAAGAACCAGAACGCAAAUGCAAGAGCUAAGGACUGUAAAGCUACCUCAGUGUAGUAUCGACUGAUUAAUGUGUAGUUCCUGCUAGUCAAGUUGUGAUUUAAUUUAGUAUUGCUUAGAUAUUAAAGCUGUUUUAAAAUUACUUCCCAUUUUUUAUAACUAGUGAAAUUAUAAACCAUGUGCAUGUGUGCCCACAUUGAGUUUUUCUGGUGUAUCCAAGACAGCUGAAGAAUUUCACAAAAUUAUAAUCCUCCCCUUUAAAUGACUUUCGUUAGAAAUUUAGUCCAUUUACUUUUAUUCUUUGUACACCACAGAGUGAAUUACAUAUAAUAAAUUAAGUCUCUAUAAAAACAGGUUCCAUUUAACUUACUACUGUGAAGGAAGCAUUUAAUUUGACUUUUGAAGCAUUAUUUAAAAUCUUCCUGCUGCCUCAUGCUAAAAAGGAACAUAGUGUAAGUGUAUGUGCCAAUAAAAAAAACAAAAAUGAUCAAUUAGUUUAUUACACAAUUUAAAAAUCACACAACAUGAUUCAAAAAAUGUACAUACUCAUUAAAAAUGUCAAGGGCAGACAAAUAGGGUGCAGGCACCAUUUCAGUUUCCAACAAAUUAGGUUGAAAUAAUUUAUGACCACAACCUUUACAAUAUGCAUAACAUUUAAGCCAGUCAGUAGAUAAUCCUGUGAAUCAUCAACUGUAAAAUGUUAAAAAUCCACUAUUUUAACCUUUGUGAGCAGCUCUUUCAUACUCUUGACAAUAUUUUUUGCAGAACACUUAGCCAAUGGAUCAAAAUAACUAAGCAAAACUAUUUUGUUUGACGAUGUGCACACAAUCCAUGUUUAAAGAACUAAGUGAAACCACUAAAAGUUAUCCUAAUGAAUAUUCAGAGAACUAUUUUCAGGCAAGCAGCCAUCAUGUCACUGAUUAAAAAUCAAAAUUUGUGACCAAAAUUUUGCUUGACUAAUAUGACAGCUUGCAGUUUUCUUUGAACACACUGAAGCUGUGCAACACUGUCUAUAAAAAUGCUGGCUUUUAUGUUCAGUACAGCACCAUAAAAU